AUGAUGGCUGAACCGCUUCAAAACACGAAUGGAUAUCGUCAUCACACUGAACAGGUGCAAGUAAUUGGAGAAGAACAGAGGUUCACGGAUGUCCUUCCCAAAUCUAUCGAAAGCUGGGGGUUGUUAGAAAAAGGUUUCAAUUAUGAUGUCGUUGCCGUAUUUGGUUCACAAUCUACCGGAAAGAGUACGCUAUUGAACCGGGUUUUUGGUACUACGUUCGAUGUUAUGAAUGAAGCCGAACGACGACAAACAACCAAAGGGAUUUGGAUGUGUAAGGGGAAAGAUAUGGAUGUAUUAGUUAUGGAUGUUGAAGGUGCUGAUGGUCGCGAACGAGGAGAAGAUCAAGAUUUUGAACGCAAGGCUGCACUCUUCUCGAUGGCUUCCUCGGAAGUAAUUAUAGUCAAUAUGUGGGAGCAUCAAGUUGGCCUCUAUCAAGGAGCGAAUAUGGGCCUAUUGAGAACCGUAUUCGAGGUUGAUCUAGCUCUCUUUCAAGCUAACAAAGCCAAGCAAAGGACUUCAACGGCCGGAUAUGAUAAAACACACUUACUUUUUGUUAUUCGAGAUCACGUUGGAUCAACUCCACUUUCAAAUCUUGAAAAUACGAUUACCACAGAUUUGAACCGGAUUUGGGAUACCUUGGUCAAGCCUGAAGGAACAGAAUCCUCAAAGAUCACCGAUUAUUUCGAUUUGACCUUCACGGCCCUAUCGCACAAGAUUUUACAACCAGAAAAUUUCGAUCGUGAAGUAGAAAAUUUCAGGAGGAGGUUUGUGGACAAGACUCAUCCAGACUAUGUCUUCAAACCUAUCUAUCAUAAACGAAUCCCAGCUGAUGGACUAGCUCAGUACAUGAGCGGAAUUUGGGACGCAGUGGUUUCGAAUAAGGAUUUAGACUUACCUACUCAGCAAGAACUUUUAGCUCAAUUCAGAUGUGAUGAGAUUGCAGCCACCUCGUUUGAACAAUUCACCACCCUAAUACAACCAUUAAAGACUAAAAUGGAGUCUGGUAAACUGGUAGAUGAGCUAGGAACCAAGAUGCUGGAGGCACGAAGGACUUGUUUGGCUUCUUUCGAUUUGGCUGCUUCGAGGUAUCACACAGGAGUAUACCAACGCAAACGGACAGAAUUUAUGACCAAGAUGAAUUCCAACUUGUCGCCAUUAUUCUUGGCUCAGCUGAAAAUCUUGUCGAAAUCGAUUAUCAAAAGGUUUCAAGCUGAGUUGAUCCAUGAAUUGAAAACCGGAUCAGGAGUGAGAGAUUUUAAGGAAGUUGUGAGCAGUCAAAUGCAAGCCUCCCAAAACGAGUUCGAAGACGGCGUAAAACGAAUCAAACAGACAGAGUUGUCAAACAGAUUGAAGAAAGAGUCGGACGCCUACUAUCUCGAAGCGAAACGAAGCCUUGUGAGCAGUAUCAGUCAGAUCCCAUAUUGGAUGUACGCGGUGAUUGCAAUCUUGGGUUGGAAUGAGUUCCUAGCGGUCUUGAAAAGCCCAGUUUAUUUUGCAACAAUCUUGAUUUUGGCAUUUGGCGUAUGGGUGACGUUCAAAUUGAAUAUGCAAGGGCCAAUUGUAGCGAUAGGCACUGGGCUAUAUCAUGAAACAUCAAAGGUUGCCCAAGAAAAACUUAAAGAAUACCUCUCGGAAGUACCAUCGGGGCAGAAUAGAAGUGGGUUUACUAACUCGACAACAGAUACGGACGAGGUGUAUCAUCUCAAGAAAGAAACAGUCGAGCAAAAUUAUCUUCAUCUUCAAACGAUGCAGUGGAAGAAAUUCCACUGCAAGAAUUCAAAUAAAUUUGGAUGA